GGAAGAAUUUGUGUGAGGGAUAGAACAAGGGCUGUGGGAGCCGCAGCUGCUGGAAACAUUGGAGGGAGAUACAAAAUGGGAUGGAUAAAGGUCAGACUGGUGAAGAGAUGACACAGGGAUCAGUAACGGGUCGGGAUUGGUUGGCCCUGCAGAGGGAGCUGCAAAUCUCACUGGAUGCUCAGAAGAGACAGGCUGUACUUGUAGAAAAACUUCAGGCAAAGGUUGUCUUGUACAGGAACCGAUUCCAGGAACUUCAGCAGAGUCAAGAAUGGAGCCUGAGCCGAGAAGGGUUGGAGCUGGAACGAGCUCUGCAGAGGCUGGAAGAAGAACAGCACAGGUGUGAGAGUCUGGCUGUGCUUAACUCCCUGCUCAGGGAAGACCUGGGUGACACACAAGAAGCCAACAGAAUCUUGGGGGAAGAUAUACGAAAGCUGACUGCAGACUGGACUGGAGCUCUUGAUGAACUGAAGCGGAAGGAGGAGGAGUGGGAGUCAGAGAAAGAACUUUAUGACAGUCGUUUAAAGGGUGAACAUUCGAGAUUGCUACAAAUAUGGACUGAUGUUGUGACAUUUCAUCGAGAUUUUCAGGAGUUGAAAACCGCAACAGACAGAGACUUAACAGCUGUGCGUGCUGACUGGACUCGAUGCUCCCGCCUACUGCAGGCCUCUUGCUCCUCCAUCACUCAAUGGAGGCUGCAAGGACUCGAUGCAGUUACAUCACAAGAUACACAAAUCCCGCCAGCAUACUUGCUGGUAACGUGGGAGCAAGGAGUGGGAUCCGAAGGCCAUGGAACUCAACAGAUGGGAUUGGAGCCUGUGGGAUCAUCAACACAGGAUUUCAGACAAGAGGUGGAGUUGGAUAAGCCACUGACUAAAGUCUCUAAACAGGAAUUAGAAGCUAAAGAUUUACUAAAGAAGACCUCAGAAAUAGAUAUUAGGAUAAGGACUCCAUGGACCGAGAUAUCUGAAGAGGAAGCAAGGUCAUUGAGAUUACAACAAGAAAUAAGAGAGCAAGAUGUCAUUGCAGUGAGAUCGCAAUUACAGACGCUAGAACUGGAAUUAAUGUCCCUAAGAUCUAAGCUUGAGGCAUCAAAGCAUGAGUUAAGUUUGAUGAAAUCUCAACAUGAUGCUUCAGAAGAGGAAACCAGGUCAUUGAGGCUCAAAAGUGAGAGGUCUGAAAAAGAAGUAGAAUCAAUGAGGUCGCAAUUAGAAUCUUCAAGACAGGAAGUUGAAUCAAUGAGGCUGCAAUUUGAAACAUCAAGACAGGAGUUAGCAUUAAUGAGUUCACAGCUUGAAACUUCAAGACAGGAAGUAAAAUCAGUGAGCUCACAACUAGAAAACUCUAGAAAGGAGGAAGAGUCAAUGAACACCAGACUAAUAUCAGUGAGCUCACAACUGGAAACCUCAAGACAGGAAGUAAUAUCAGUGAGCUCACAACUGGAAACCUCAAGACAGGAAGUAGUGCUGGUGAAAUCAAAACUAAUAACUUCAAGAGAGGAAGUAGAGUCAAUGAGAUCAAAGCUUGAAACUUCAAGUCAUGAUUUAAAUUCAGUGAACUCACAACUCCAAUCAUCAAGACAAGAAGUAAAGUUGAUAAAGUCACAGUUGGAGGCAGCAGAAGAGGAGACUGCAUUACUGAGGUCAAAAGCCGAGUGGCUGCAAUCGCAAAUUGAAGCUUCAGAGUAUGAAAUAGCCUCUUUCAAGAAGCAUACUGAAGAGGUAGAACAGGAGAGGGACACAAUGAGGUUCCAACUUGAAAGGUAUUUGCUUGAGGGAGAGUCUCUGAAGUCACGUCUUAAGAUGUAUGAGAAAGACAUGGAAUCCCAGUUACAGAAUAAUGAGCAAGAACUGCAGAUCAGACACAAUCAGUCUCUUAUUGCUCUUGAGUCAGAGCGUUCAGAUCUACUUCAGGAGUUGGUCAUGUUACGGGAAGAGCUGCUCCAGUCUCGUCUAGAAGGAGAUCUGUCUCGUGAGGAGUACAGAGGCCUGCAAAAUGCACUCCAUAAGGCAGAGAAAAGAAUUGCUGAGCUAGUUGUAGCACAGAGCCGAUAUAAGGUGGAAGUUGGGAAUCUGCGAGAUGCUGCAGCCAAAAUGGGAGACUUAAACCAGGCUCUAUCUUUGGAUAAAGUGGAGUUAAAUAGUGUCUUACAGCAGAUGGAGCAACAAAUGGCUUCUCUUACAGAGAGACUUCAGGCGUCUGAGAGAGAGACUGCUUUAGCCCAGGAGCAUGCGCAGAAUUGUGACGGAGAGCUUUCUGAACUGAGAGUAGAGAUUGUAAAGCAACAGCUUCAACUACAGGAGAGCGACCGUGAGCGAGACAUUGUGGAAACUGAACUGAGAUUCAUUCAGGGAAAGACCGAGCGAUUGCAGAACAGGGAGCAGAGUAUGUGGUCUCAAGGAGAUGGGUCAAUUAUUAAUGAGCAGUCUACAUUGCACGUGCAGCUUGGAGUGGCCGAGAGAGAGUGUCAGGAACUGACGGAAAGUCUGAAUGAGAUUCGCUCCUUGAAGCAGUCUCUAGAGAGUGCUCUCUUUGCAUCUCAGGAGAGAGCAUCUCAGUUGGAGAUCAACUACAAUCAACUGAAGAUGGAGUUGGCUACAGUCCUACAAUCUAAAGAGACAGUCCAAGAUGAACUUUCCAUCCUCCGUGCUGAGCAAGACACAUCAGAGAAGAGACAGAGGGCACUGUCACAGAGACUGUGUGACAUGGAGAAAGACUGCCAGGAGGAAGUAGAAACUCUUAGAGAGAGUCUAAAGAAGGAGAGAGCCCUGAGACAGAUGGCUGAAGAGCAAGCUGAAAGAGCACUAGAUUUUCAGCAGUCUCUUCAGGACACACUUAAAAGUGAGAGAAAAAUUAGAGACCAGCUUCAGAGUAACCUUGAGGAAGUGACUGCCUCUUUGAGACAGCUUGAGAGUGAAGCAUCUGUUCUUACAAGCAGCCUGCAAAAGAGCCAUGGUGAGAAAGAGAUCGUCUUGGACAAGUUAGAGCAUCAGGCUGUAAUAGGAAAAGAGAGAGAGCGUGAGAUGGAUAUUUUGAAACAAAGAAUAGAAGAACUUCUUGAAGAAAGAGAGACCACUCUUAAUAAGUUAGAAAGACAAGUUCUGUCUUUAGAAGAGAUGGACCGGCAAAUUACAGAGCUGAGAACAACCAUUCAGGAGUGCAAUGAACAGAAAGAAACUGCUUUAACUUUGCAAGCUCGUCUGAAUCUGACUGUGCAAGAGAGGGAGCGAGAAAUCAGGGCACUGAAAGAGCAGGUUCUGCAGGUCCAGAAGGAGAGAGAAGUUGUUGAAACCACCGUAGAAGGGAGAGAAAUGGAGAACAAAGCUCUGAAAGACAACAUUAGAGAGCUCUCAAAGACCUUGGUAGAAAACAAGAUUGCAGCAGAACAGCAAAUUGCACAGUCUGAAGGAGACAUCAGCACUCUAAAAGAGAGAGUUACAGAGCUUCUGCAAACUCUACUAGAAAAGGAAAUCGAGGAACAAGAGAAUGGAGAAAAGGUAAAAGCAUUGGAAAGUGAAGUAGCAGAGCUUCAUCAAAUUGUAGCAGAGGAACAAAAUGAAUCCAAGCAAGAAAAAAUUAUGACUGAAAAGGGAAUGGAAGCUCUGAGAGAGAAAUUGCAAAACUAUACACAAGUUCUGGUAGAAAAGGGGAGAAUUAUAGAAGAUAGCGAGAAAGAGAAUGAAGCUUUGAGACAGAGAUUGUCAGAACUCUCCCAGGCUCUAACAGAGAGAGACUGCAUAGUGCAAGAAGCUGGAAGAGAGAAACAAGCCCUAAGAGAGAAGAUGCAAGACCAUGAGCAAGAUUUAAUAGCAAAAGAGAGAGUGACUAAGGAAGAAUUAGAGUCCCUAAGAGACAGUCUGAAGAAGGAGAGAGCAUUGAGAAAAGUGUCUGAAGAACAGGCUGAGAGAGCACUGGAUUUUCAGCAGUCUCUUCAGGACACAAUUGAAAGAGAAGGAAUAAUCACAAAGCAACUUAAAGGAAACCUUGAGGAGAUGACUGUCUCUCUGAGAAAGCUCAAGAGUGAGGAAUCUGUUCUUAGAAGCAGCCUUAAAAAGAGCCAAGAGGAGAAAGAUUUUAUUCUAGACAAGUUAGAGCAUCAGACUGUAACAGGGAAAGAGAGAGAGCGUGAGAUGGACAUCUUGAAGGAAAGAAUAAGAGAACUUUUGGAUGAAAAAGAGACCACUCUUAAAAACUUAGAAAGUCAGAGUUUGUCUUUAUUAGAGAGGGACCAGCAAAUUGGGGAGCUAAGAGAGACUGUUCAGGAGUGCAAUGAAGAGAAAGAAACCGCUUUAAUGUUGCAAACUCGUCUAAAUCUAACUGUGCAAGAGAGGGAGCGAGAAAUUAGGACUCUGAGAGAACAUGUUCUACAGCUUCAGAAAGAGAUAGACGUUGUUGAAACUACAAUUAAAGGAAUAGAAAUGGAGAACAAAGCUCUAAAGCAGAACAUUAGAGAGCUCUCACAGUCCUUGACUGAAAAAAAGAUUGCAGCAGAACAGCAAAUCACACAGUCUGAAGAAGACAUCAGCACUCUAAAAGAGAGAGUUACAGAUCUUUUGCAGACUCUACUAGAAAAGGAAAAUGAGGAACAAGAGAAUGGAGAAAAGGUAAAAGCAUUGGAAAUGGAAAUAGCUGAGCUUCGGCAGACAUUGGAAGAGAAGCAGAAUGAGACCAAGCAAGAAAAGAUGAUGAAUGAAAAUGAAAUGGAAGCUUUGCGAGAGAAGUUAAAGAGCUUUGAACAAGCUCUACAAGAAAGAGACAAAAAGGCAAAGGAAAACGAGAGAGAAAAUGAGGCUCUGAGGCAGACUGUAAAAGAGAAAGAAAGAGAAGCAGAACUGGCAGGAGGAGAUAGUAAUUCUCUAAAAGAGAAAAUGAGAGACAUCGAAGAAUCUUUAGCAGAGAAAGAGAGAAUGAUGAAGGAAGGCGAGAGAAAGAAUGAACAAGAAGCCAUGGCUCUGAGACAGAGAUUGUCAGAACUAUCUCAGGUUCUUUCAGAGAAAGAGGACAAAGAGGAGGAGGCAGCAAGGAAGAUUAAAGCACUGAGAGAGAAGAUAGGAGAUCUUGAGCAAGCUCUAGGAGAAAAGGAGAAAACUAUACAGAAAAAAGAAAAUGAGGGUGAAGCUAUGGGAUCGAGAUUGUUUGAACUGUCUCAGAACCUAAUAGAGAGAAAGCGUGCUGUGGAGAAGACAGGAGAAGAGAAUGAAUCUCUGAGAGUGAAGAUACAAAAUCUUGAACAAUCUAUUUUAGAAAAAGAGAGAAUCAUAAGUGCAGGUGUAAGAGAGCAUACGUCUCUUAAACAGAAACUGUCCAACUUAUCCCAGUCGCUAACAUUGAAAGAAAGUGUUGCAGAAAAAGCAAAAAUGGAGGUCAAAACACUUAGAGAGAGGGCAGAAGAACUUGAAGAAGAUCUAGUGGAAAAGGAAAGAAUGAUAAAGAAAUCUGAGCAAGAGAAUGACACUCUGAGGCAGAGACUGUCUGAAUUGUUCCAGGCCCUAACAGAGAAAGAGGUUGUUGCAGAGGUAGCAGGAGGGGAGAGUAAAGCUCUGCGAGGGAAGCUUAGAGACCUACAACAUGGUCUUUUAGAAAAAGACAGGAUGAUCAAUACAAGUGAGAGGAAGAAUUCCACUCUUACACAAAAACUGUCAGAACUAUCCCAGACGCUAACAGAGAAAGAGAGCUUAGCAGAAGAGGCAGGAAGGGAGAUUAAAGUUCUAAAAGAGAAAAUCCAAGAUUUAGAAGAGGCUUUAGUAGAAAAUGAAAGAGACGGAACGGAGGAGAAGACACAGAAUGAGAGAGAGAUUAAAGCUCUAAAAGAAAAAAUAACAGAACUCUCUGACUCUCUGAUAGAAAAGAGAAUACGUGAAGAGGAACGAGAAGGGCAGCUGAAAGCUUUGAAGGGUAGAAUAGACGUGACUACCCAGGCUCUGACAGAGAGGGAGAAUGAUGUAGCUGAAUUACUGAAAGAGAAGAAAUCUUUGGAGAUGAUUAUAACAGAACUUUUCCAAGAUCUAACUGGACAGAAGCAUGCAUAUCUGGUAGAAAACCCGUCUCUAAUAGAAACACUGGAAUUACUGGCAAACGUUCUGAAAGAGAAGAAAGCACAACAUUUGAAAGAAAAGUUAGAGGGGGAGUCUCUGAGGCAUGAACUGUCUGAACUUCUAACAGAGAAAGAGAAUGCUACAGAGGAGAGAGGAAAAGAGAUUGAAGCUCUUAGAGAAAAGAUGCAAAACCUUGGACAAACUAUUUUAGAGAGAGAAAAAAUGCUCAGGGCAGGAGAAGAAGAAAAUGAGAAGUUAAGACAGAGAUUGUCAGGACUAUCAGAGGCUCUAACAGCAAAAGGACGGACAACGGAGAACACAAGAGAGGAGAAUAAAGCUCUAAGGGAGGAUUUAAGAAACCGUGAUCGUAUUCUAGCAGAGAAAGACAAAUUUAUAAAAGAAUGCGGUAGGAAGAACGAACAAGAGAACAUGGCUCUAAGGCAAAGGAUAUCAGAACUCUCCCAGACUCUAACAGAAAAAGAGAGUAUCGCAGAGGAAAGAGAACAAGAGAUUGCAACUCUACAAGAGAAGAUAGAAAAGAGCACGCAAACUUUAAUAGUGAAAGAACGACUGAUCAAGGAGGGCGAGAGGGAGAACAUGUCUCUUAGACAGGAACUGUCUGAGGUAUCCCAGGCUCUAACAGAUAAAAAAAGAGUAGGGGAGGAGGCAGGAAAAGAUCUUAAAGGUCUGAGAGAGGUAAACCAAGAUCUUGGAGAAAAGAUGCUAGAAAAAGAAAGAAUGAUAGAGAAAAUCGAAAAAGAAAAUAAAACUCUGAGACAGACACUGUCAGAACUAACUCAGUCUUUAACAGAGAAACAGCAAAUAGCAGAGGACAUAGGAGGAGAAAAUAAAGUUCUGAGAGAGAACCUAAGAGACCUUGAACAAGCUCUAUCAGAGAAAGAAAGAAUAAUAAAGGAAGGUGAGAGAAAGAAUAAACAGGAGACUAUGGAUUUGAGACAGAGAUUGGCAGAACUGUCCCAGGCUCUAACAGAGAAAGCGAGAGUGGCGGAGGAAGCAGAGAGAGAGAUUAAAGCUCUCAGGGAGAAGAUAGAAGAUCUCAGGCAAGCACAAAUAGAAAAAGAGACCAUUAUCAUGGAAAAUAAUAGAGAGAACAAGGCUCUGAGACAGAAACUGCCAGAGCUAUCCCAAGCUCUAACGGAGAAGGAAAGUAUAGUGGAAGAAGUGGAAAUGGAGAUUAAAGCUCUAAGAAUAAAGAUACAGGACCUUGAACAAUGUUUAGUUGAAAAAGAGAGAAUGAUUAAGGUGGUUGAGAGGGAGAACAUGUCUCUUAGGCAGGAAUUAUCUAAGAAAGAGAGAGUAGAGGUAGAAACAGGAAGAGAGAUUAAAGCUCUGAGGGAGAAGAUAUCAGAAUUUAUGCAUGGUAUGUCAGAGAAGGAAGAAGAAAUAAAAGCAGGAGAAAGAAAAGAUGAGGCUCUGAGAAAUAAAUUGUCAGAACUUUCCCUGGCUUUAACAGAGAAAGAGAAAACAGCAGAAGACACCAGAGGAGUGAACAAAGCUCUGAGAGAGAAUCUGAGUGAGCUGGAACAAGUUCUAGUAGAGAAAGAAAUAUUAAUAAAGGAAGGCGAGACAAAGAAUGAACAGGAGAACAUGGCUCUGAGACAGAGACUAUCAGAACUAUCCCAGAUUCUAACAGAGAAAGAGACAGUGGUGGAAGAAGAAGAGAGGGAGAUUAAAGCUCUUGAGCAGAAGAUUAGAGACUUGGAACAUGCCCAGAUAGAGAAAGAAAGAAUGUUUAUGGAAAGCCAAAUUGAAAAUGAGGAAUUGAGACAGAGACUUUCAAAGCGAUCACAGGCCCUUACAGAAAAGGAGAGCUCAGUGGAGGAAGUGCGGAUGGAGAUAAACGCUUUAAGACACAAGAUACAAGACCUUGAACAAAGCUUAGUUGUGAAAGAAAGAAUGAUAAAGUUGAGUGAGAAGGAGAACACAUCUCUUAGACGGGAAUUAUCCCAGGCCUUAACAGAGACAGGAAGAGUAGCAGGGGAGUCAGAAUCAGAGAUUAAAGCUCUGAAAGCUAAGAUUUCAGACCUUAGACAGGGCACAUUAGAAAAGGAAGAAGCAAUAAAAGCAGUAGAGAGAGAGAAUAAGCGUCUAAGUCAAAAGGUGACAGACAGUGUACAUGUUCUGAAAGAAAAUGAAAUCUACGAGAAUGAGAGAGUGCAAGAGCUUAAAAUUCUGGGAGAGGAGAUAGGAGUGCUAUCCGCUCUUCUUGACUGCAAAGAUAUCAAUGCGGAAGAACACAGGGACCCUGGCUUUUCACCAACAGAAGAAGAGCAAAGAAUAUCAGGAGAAAUAAAAAAACUAAGGAAGUGUAUUGGCAAGCUUAAACAAGCACUUAUAAACAAGGAAAGAAUAGAAGAGGAGGAAAAGAGCCAACACAAGGAAGAAAAGGCUGCUCCAAGACAGACUCUGAAAGAACACGAACUGACUGAGGGCCUUAAACAAGUAAAGUUUUCCCAAAUCGGAAAAUUAGAGCAACAGAUAAUGGAAGAAGACCAAGAAAUUAAUGAUCCAGGACAAAAAAUACAAAAACCUGUAUCUGUAUUUGAUAAAGGAUUGUCAGAUGCUGAAUUCGGGUUCACAGAUUUGAAAAACAAGGAUGAAAAGCCAAGUGUCCAUAAGAGUAAAAAUGGAUAUGUCAAAGAGGAGAGUAAGGUAUCAAUGAAAGAGACACAUUGGGAGGGGAAGGUUCUGCAUCUUGAGAGACUGGAGGUUGAAAAAAGGGAGGCUGCACUUGAAGAAAUGCAUCUGGAGGUGGACAGUCUGCAUCAAGAGAAACGUGAGGCUGAGCAAAGGGAGGAAUUAUUAAUGGCCAAACUCAAAAGGAUGGAAACUACCCUGAGGCACACAGAGGCUGAGCAGAUUGCCUGGAAGGAGAGAGCCAGAGAACUAGAAGCAGAGAGAUCUUCAAAGGACUUUACCUCUGCACCUGCCCAGGGUGGGAUCAGUUUGCAGGGACGACUUGAAGCCCUCCAUGGGGCUGUUGCAAGGCUUGAAAAUGAGAAGGUUGCUAUGGAGAAUCGAAACCUGCAGCUGAGUCAGACUUUGCAGAAGGUAGAGAAUGAAAGGAGAAACCUCCGCAGGGAGUUGCGUAAGGGAACCAGAAUAUCAUCACAGAAUUCUAGUGGAUUCCAAACACAGGAGGACACUGAAGACUCCGUUGUGCUGCGGCAGAAUUUAGCAGACUUGGAAAGACAGGUGUCCCGCUUACAGUCACAGCUUCAUGCUGAACGCGAUCAUCGAUCCAAGUAUAUACAGCGUUGUUCUCGCACCACCGAUGACAUCCUUGUCUUACGACAGAAUCUAAACCGCUCACUUGCAGCUGUAACCUCAGACCCCCGUCCUCAGGUCCUAGAGACAGAAACUGCUAGACUUAAUGAAACUCUGAACCACAGCCUUGGCAUUUCCUGAUUUGGUAGAAGGUAGAGCCUUUUAUGUGGUCUGAUAGACUUACUCCUAACCAUGGGACCACACUAUUUGCACUAUGGCAAAGUCACACUUUGGCUUCAUUGCACUCCAGUUACUGAGCCACAAUAAUCAGGGUUUAUCCGUACAGUCUAACUAUUUCAAUUCAUGAACUGGUGCCCUAUUUAUGUGGGACAUAUAUGCUGUAGUUAGAGAGUUAACUGCUCAGCAUCUGUUACAUGGUCCCAGUAAAAUAGGACUGCUGCACAUGUUACAUUUACACAUUUUAUGUAAAUUAGUAUUUUCAUUGUCAUGUGAUCCAUGUAUGUUAAACAUAACCAGAACUGUGCAACUUUGUGUAAGAUGAAUGUACCCAGCUUCAUAUAACUAGGCUGUGUCGUAUGGUGUAACUGGUGUAUGCAUGUACUAUACGUGCCUAGUUUCACUAUGAUGGACAAUAGGGUAUAUAUUUACCCAUUGUGACUGGUUCACAUGUUACUUGUUCACAGUGCAGUAUGACUGCUCUAUGUGUGCUACGUUACCAAUGCCGUGUGACUGCUUUGUGUGUGUUAUUUGCGUUUGUUUUGUCUGUCUUUACUCGUGCACAGAGCGACUGCUCUGCGGUGUGUUACAUGUACCCA